AAUGAUAAUUUGUUAAUGAAAGUACUAUAAAGAUUUACAGAUAGAAUGUGAAGAAUCAAUUGAUAAACGUAUAUUACCAGGAAUGAAUGAAAAAAAGUUACAUGAGGUUAGAAUAUUGAGUUGUUUAAUAGCAAAGUUAACAAAAGAAAAUAAAAUUAGUUCAAUAAUUGAUUUAGGAGCAGGACAGGGAUAUUUAAGUAGAGUAUUGGCAUAUACAUAUAAUCUUUGUGUCUUUGCUGUAGAUGCAAGUAAUAUACAAACAUGUGGGGCACAAAAAUAUCAAUUUCGUACAGAAAAAAGUCUUGGAUUAUUGCGCAAGGGAAAAAAGGAAGUUGAUGAUAAAAGUAAUGAACUUAUAAGUGAGAAAAAAGGAGGGUUAACUCAUGUUACUCAACAUGUGACUACGGAAACUUUAACUAAUUUAAUAUCAGAGUGGAAUAAGAAUAAGGAACAAUUUAACGUUGGAGAGGUGGGAGAUUAUGAAUUUAAUAAGGUUGUUAAUGAUAACAAAAAUAUCGUAGAUGGGUCUUGUUCAGCUAAACACUUAAAACAAGAUAAUAAUUUUUUAAUAUGUGGAUUACAUUCAUGUGGAGAAUUAUCAAGUACAAUGUUAGAUUUAUUUAUUAAAAAUGAAGAAAUAAAAUGUGUAGUAAAUGUAGGAUGUUGUUACCAUUUACUUCAUGAAAAUGAAAAUUCUAAACAAGAGAAUUCAAAAGAUGAAGAUAUUAAAUGUUCAUUCCCAUUAAGUAAAUUUUUUAAAGAAAAAAAUUUUUAUAUGGGAUUAACUAUCAGACAUCUUGCAUGCCAAGUACCAUCAAGAUGGUCAGUUCAACAAGAAUCAAGUAUUAAAGCAUUUGAACAUCAUUUUUUUCGAGCACUAUUACAGUAUAUAUUAAUUAAAAAAGAUUUAGUCAAAGAUACACCAAGAAUAGGAAAAUUACAUCAUCGAAGUUUCACAUCAUUUUCCACAUAUUGCAAUGCUGCAUUAAAAAAACUUUCUCUUCCAUUAAAUAGUAUCACACAAUCAGAAUCAGAAAAAUAUUAUAAUGAAUUUAAGCAAAAAGGAUAUAUGCGUAAAAUUAUUGUAUUUUGGACAUUAAGAGCUAUGUUAGGACCAUGUUUUGAGAGUAUUAUAUUAUUAGAUAAAUGUUUAUAUUUAUUUGAAAAUAAUCAUGUAAAAGAAGUCAAAUGUUUUGGUAUAUUUGACGAAUUAAAAAGUCCAAGAAAUAUGGUCAUUGUUGGAAUUAAAUAAUAACAAUAGUUGAAUAAAAUAUUUAAAUAAAAUUUACAAACACAAAAUCUUCUAGACUAAUAAAAUUUCGAAAUAUUUUCUUUUGUAAUAACCGAAUUAUAUACAUGUGUGAUUGUUUCUGUAGCAACUUUUGCCGUAUUUUCCAAGAUUUCCUACGAAUAUAAU